GUCUUGCUGUUGGUAAAUGUUGCAAGUGAAUGUGGUUACACAGAUGGUCAUUAUAGAGAACUGGUUCAGAUUCAGGAAGAGUUUUCAUCUCAUGGUUUUUCAGUUAUAGCAUUUCCUUGCAACCAGUUUGGACACCAAGAACCAAACGAUGACAAGAGUAUUUUAAAAUUUGUCAAAAAGCAAUACAAUCUGAACUUCCCAUUGUUUUCAAAAAUUGAUGUUGGAGGAGAGCAUGCUCAUCCAUUGUACGUCUACUUGUACAAAGCAACCUCGGACUACCCGAAGUGGAACUUUGGAAAAUACUUGGUGGACAGGAAUGGAAAGGUUGUGAAGUUUUUCUCGCAGAAUAUCACACCAAGAGAAGUUGUGCCUUAUAUUGAAUUACUGAUUGAAAACAAAACUAUAGAUUCUUACCAUACAGAUUUGUAG